AAUGCAACUAUAGAAAAACAGGCCGAAGGAAACAGAAAUCAAGUAUUGAACUGAAGCUGGUUAGCUGAACUUUUCAAAGGUUUGACAGAGAGGGACACAAUUACACCACAGAGGAGAAAUGCGGAGACUUGCCUCGAAAACAGACUUUCUUCUCAACAAACACUGGUACCGUCUCUCACUUUUCUCAAAUCCAACAAUCUCCUCGUUUAAUCUUAUCCACAAACAACCAUACCAGAAAGGUGACGAACCCAUCAAUGAGAACUCCCUAUCUAACAAAACCGCAAACGGGUUUGGUGUCGUUUGUCUCAGAACUCAAAACAACGGCAUUGAAGAUGCUGACGGAAGCAAUAAAGCUGAUGAUUUUGCUAGAGAUGUCGAAAAGGUAUACAGAAUUCUUAGAAAUUUUCAUUCUAGGGUUCCAAAAUUAGAGCUUGCCUUGCAAGAAUCUGGCAUUGUAAUGCGUCCAGGUUUAACUGAACGGGUAUUAAAUCGCUGCGGUGAUGCAGGAAAUCUGGGAUAUCGGUUUUUUGUUUGGGCAUCAAAGCAGCCUAGCUAUAGGCAUAGUUAUGAGACUUAUAAAGCUAUGGUUAAGAUUUUUAGUAAAAUGAGACAAUUUGGUGCAGUUUGGGCCUUAUUAGAGGAAAUGAGGAAAGAUAACAGUGUGUUGAUAACUAGUGAAUUAUUUGUUGUUUUGAUGAGGAGGUUUGCUUCUGCUAGAUUAGUUGAGAAGGCAAUUGAAGUAUUAGAUGAGAUGCCCAAAUAUGGAUGUGAGCCGGACGAGUAUGUAUUUGGUUGUUUAUUGGAUGCAUUGUGUAAGAAUGGGACUGUUAAGCAGGCUGCUUCUCUUUUUGAAGAUAUGAAACUGAGGUUUAGGCCAAGCUUGAAACAUUUUACUUCUUUGUUGUAUGGUUGGUGUAGAGAAGGAAAGUUAAUGGAGGCUAAACAUGUAUUAGUACAAAUGCGGGAAGCUGGGUAUGAGCCGGAUAUUGUGGUGUAUAAUAAUCUUUUAAGUGGAUAUUCCAUGGCAAGGAAAAUGACAGAUGCUUUUGAUUUGUUGAAGGAGAUGAGGAGGAGGGGGUGCGAGCCUAAUGCAAAUUCUUAUACUAUUUUGAUUCAGGCACUUUGUGGGCAAGAGAAGACAGAUGAGGCUAUGCGAGUUUUUGUUGAGAUGGAGAGGAAUGGUUGUGAGGCAGAUGUUGUUACUUAUACUGCAUUGAUAAGUGGGUUUUGCAAGUGGGGUAAGAUUAAUAGGGGAUAUCAGAUUUUGGAUAACAUGAUAGAGAAAGGGCAUAUGCCUAAUCAGUUGACUUACUUGCAUGUAAUGUUGGCUCAUGAAAAAAAGGAAGAGUUGGAAGACUGUAUGGAAUUAAUGGGAAAGAUGCAAAAGGUUGGCUGUGUCCCUGAUCUCAGUAUAUACAAUGUGGUGAUUAGGUUGGCUUGCAAGCUGGGGGAGGUGAAUGAGGGUGUUCGAGUUUGGAAUGAAAUGGAAGCAAAUGGUUUUAGUCCAGGGCUUGACACUUUCGUUAUCAUGAUUCAUGGGUUUCUUAAGCAAGGAGGUUUAGUUGACGCUUGUUUGUAUUUCAAAGAAAUGACUGGGAGAGGCCUUGUAUCUGCUCCUCAAUAUGGUAUACUGAAGGAGUUGUUGAAUUCUCUGCUAAGAGGUCAGAAGCUUGAAAUGGCUAAAGAUGUUUGGAGUUGUAUUUUGACCAAAGGAUGUGAGCUUAAUACGGAUGCUUGGACAAUUUGGAUUCAUGCGCUGUUCUCCAAUGGGCAUGUGAAAGAGGCUUGUUCAUACUGUUUAGACAUGAUGGACGCAGAUGUAAUGCCAAAGCCAGAAACUUUUGCUAAGCUCAUGCGAGGUUUAAGGAAAUUGUAUAACAGACAGUUUGCAGCAGAGAUCACAGAGAAGGUGAGAAAGAUGGCUGCAGAUAGACAGACCAGUUUCAAAAUGUAUAAACGGCGAGGGGAGAGGGAUUUAAAAGAAAAGGUCAAGGCAAAGAAGGAUGGCAGAAAAAGGAGGACUCGUAGACGCCAGUGGGGUGGAGUCCGUAGUAGAGCUACCAUUUAGUUCUAAUAACGGGAUGUAAUCCAUCUAGUUUGUUUGGAUGAGAUUGGUUCCUGCAGGUGCAUGCGCAAGCGCCAAUCAGACAUGGAGUUGCUUCAUUUAUUAACUGAUAAUGUGAUUAGGUUAAUGAGUUCUUGAGGGUUCUUCCUUUUCUCCCAGGCUGUUAGAAGAAGUGAGACAUUUGGAUGCACUCCAUACAAGAUCAGUGAAAGACGUCAAGUGCACAUUUCAUCCCAAAUUUAUUGGACAGCUGCUUCCAAAACUCUGCAUAUUAAUUAAGCAAGUCGAUGUGAAAAAAUGUUAUGGCCGGUGAAGAACAUUACUACAAUUAAAAGGGGCACAUACAUGACACUUGUUUAUAAAUUGCAUCUCUUGGAUUGCGUAAUGCCUCAACGUCAUAGCUAUAAAUGAUCUCAGUGGAGCAUUUUGUGAUGCAAAAGCAAUAAUAUAGGUUCCUUAUUCUUUCUGUAUUCUGCCCUUUAUUCUUGUGAAUUUUGUGAUAUCUUUGCUGUCAUGGAACAACUUGAAUAUGUUUAAAGCUUACCUACAUUGACCAUCUGAUUUUAAAUUGCUGCAAAUAUACUGACUGAAUGAGACAUUUUUCUUUGUCUGACAAUGUAUGAUUAAAGUUGAAACGUAAAAAUUUACAUAUUAGAUGCUUAAUUUUGAAGAAAAUCUAACUGAAAUUUGAGAUGUAAAGGUACUGAAAUAAGUUUGCUUUAGCUUGAGUGCAGAGUAAACUUUUACAAGCAAAUGUAGCUAUGCCUAGUGUUAAGAUUUUGCCUAGUGUUAAGAUUUUUUUAAUGUCAUACUCAAGUAUUUAUGAAUCAGUUGCUCUGUAGAUACCUGAAAGUGUUUCAGCUAGAUGUUUUAUACAAAUUUAGUUUGUUCGAGUGAUCCAACUUACCAAAUUCUCUGGACAAUAGAAAGCAGUAGUUCUGCAGUUUUCAAGGAGUUCAUAGAUUAUAUUCAUUCUUUAUCUCAAAUUUGCACUUCAUUAGAUAUAGCAAUGGGAAACCAACUCUUAUGGCUUAAUUCAAUGUCACUAUUUGAGGAAUAAAAUGAUUUUUUUUUUUCUGUAGCAGAGUGAGGUGACCAUUAAAUUCCCCUUACUUUAUGAGCUUAAAGAUGAAAUUAGGCCUCAGUAUGAUCACACCCAUUUCACAAUUCUAGUGGAAAUUAGUUUGAUUGGAUAACAAGCCAUUCUGGUAAUGUGGUUUUUGGAUAGUUAUCGACUUGCUGAGUGAUUUAAGGUGCUUAAAAUUUUCAAAUCAAGCAGAUUCUAUCUUGGUACCACUUUUAGCCUACCAAGAGAUCCUAUGGUUUAGUGGUUUUUCACAUCAGAGAGAUUAAUGGGAUUACAAUAAUUGGAAGGGACUCCCUAGUAAAAGUCAUCAUGUUUGAGCGCUAAGUCUAGUGCCUUUUCAUUAAUACCCCUACUUUCCGGUCCUACUAUUUAAGUACUCACAUUUUCUCUAAUUCCCAUCACACACACCAAAUAGUUGCUUCUUUGAUGUACUGGUUCAGCUUCAGUGAUGGGGCAGACAUAUUAACCAUUUUGUUUGUUCAACUUCUUUGCCUGGAAGUUUGGUCCUGAGAUUGUUAUAUGUUUCUCAUUUUCUAGUAAAUUAGUAAAAUAAGCUGGUCUUUUUGCAAAAUGUAGUGCCUUCUCUUUGUUUUGAAAUGGAAAGGAAAGAAAAGGUAACAUACAGGUGUAUUAUCAUUGGUUUUUUUUUCUUUUAAAGAACUUUCUAGUACAAUCGAGUCGCUUUUGCGAGAUCUAUAGUUAAUUUUUCUCCCGGAAGUCAAAUGCAGGCUGCAACUGGUCACUAUAUUUUAAAGCUGAAACAUGAAGUCAAGGAUGUUACUGCAUUGCCAAAAGUUGAAAGCAACCAUUAUGAAUUCAUGACUGCCUUCCGUUGCUCAAACAAAAGGUAA